CCCGCCUUCACACUGGGCCCUCGGGGGCCGGGAUUAGAGUGGAGUAGGUGAUUCCCUCGAGGCUGUUGGUUUGGGUUCUUGGUUGUUUCUCCGCUGUUUGCUUGACCCUCCUCUCUCCUUCCUCUCGAAGCGGGAAGCGACUCUUCCUCUUCUCAGCCUCCAAACCCGUCCCAAGCAGGCAGGUCUCAGCGUAGAUGCUGUGAUCACCUCAGAACAAAUUUCUUUGCCCUCUAUAGCCGCUACGGUUUGGGGGUGUCCGAGCCUCAGGGCUUUUUGUUCUCCCGCCCGCAGCCCUGUCUGGAGCAGUGCCCGGCCGCGGAUAGUGGCUCCUAGCCAUUCUUUCGGCCCUGCUCUCCCUAGCCAGGUACUUUUGUCUAUACCAGGUUUCUCCACAUUGCCCUACCCCACGGAACUUACCAAGCUUGAAAAACCUUUAAGAACUUAACACUAAAGGUAAUACAGAAGAGAACUGCCCUCAGUCCACACACCGGCCAGCUCCAUUAUGGCAAGCCGAAGCCCCAGCAUUGUGAUUAGUGAUGAUGAACCAGGUUAUGACCUAGAUUUGUUUUGUAUACCUAAUCAUUAUGCUCAGGAUUUGGAAAAGGUGUUUAUUCCUCAUGGAUUAAUUAUGGACAGGACAGAACGGCUUGCACGAGAUGUGAUGAAGGAGAUGGGAAGCCAUCACAUUGUAGCCCUAUGUGUGCUCAAGGGGGGCUAUACAUUCUUUGCUGACCUGCUGGAUUACAUUAAAGCACUGAACAGAAAUAGUGAUAGGUCCAUUCCUAUGACUGUGGACUUCAUUAGACUGAAAAGCAACUGUAGUGACCAGUCAACAGGGGACAUAAAAGUAAUUGGUGGAGAUGACCUCUCAACUUUAACUGAAAAGAAUGUCUUGAUUGUUGAAGAUCUCAUUGACACAGGCAAAACAAUGCAAACCUUGCUUUCCUUGGUCGAGCAGUAUAAUCCAAAAAUGGUCAAGGUUGCAAGCUUGCUGGUGAAAAGGACUCCUCGAAGUACUGGUUAUAGACCAGACUUUGUUGGAUUUGAAAUUCCAGACAAGUUUGUUGUAGGAUAUGCCCUUGACUAUAAUGAAUAUUUUAGAGAUUUGAAUCAUGUUUGUGUCAUUAGUGAAACUGGAAAAGCAAAAUACAAAGCCUAAGAUGAGAGUUCAGUUUGCAAAAAUCUAGAAUCCCAUUGAAAUCACUAGUGAAAUAAUCAAAUGUUCUAGUUCUGUGACAACAUAGAGGGGCUUAUUGCAUGUAUUGUCUUAAGAAUUUUAUCUAUUUGGUAUGUUUGUUAAAAAUGUCAUUUGCUGCAUUACUGAAGUUUUUAUUUGCACUAUGAGCCUAUAGACCAUCAGUUCCCUUUGGGUGGAUUGUUGUUUGACUUGUGAAUGAAAAAUUUCUUAAACCACACUACUGUUGAAUGAAAAUAUUGAAAUUGUAUCUGUAGGAAACAUUUAAAGAGAAAAUAUAUUAGUAUUUAAUUGGUAUUUUAAUAUUUAUGUAUUCAGGAAAAAACAAGUGAUUGAAUAUUGUUAAUUAUACUACUGUAUGUUUAGAAAAGUAAGAAGCAGUUUUUGUAUCAAUGACAGCAUGCAAGACGUAUUGUUUUAUUGGAUAAACCAUGUGUCCUUGAA